AGCAACUGAAUGCUUAUCACAUGACCAGGCAGGGCUGCUGCAGCUGGUGUUGUCGAGCUGUCAAAGGGAAGCCUGACUGUCCAACCACACAGUUAUUGUUGGAUUCAUUUUUUUCCAGGCUUUCCUUUGGCGUGAUGGAGCCAGUAUGGGGUGGGUUGCACACCCUGUGACAUGCGGACCGGAGCAAGAAUCUCACACCUUGCAUCUCCUCUCCAACAACACAGCCGACCGCCGUCAUGGCCAGUUAUCCACCCCCCUUUGAGGGCACGGGGGAAGUGAAGGAGGGCUUUCUUUGCCCACUGUGCCUGAAGGACCUUCAGUCAUUCUACCAACUCCAAGACCACUACGAAGAGGAGCACUCUGGGGAUGACCGCCACGUUAGGGGACAGCUCAAAAAUUUGGUUCAGAAGGCAAAGAAAGCCAAAGACAAGCUGUUGAAAAGGGAUGGAGAUGACAGACCGGAUACAGGCAGUUAUGAGUCCUUCUACUACGGUGGAGUGGACCCCUACAUGUGGGAGCCUCAGGAACUGGGAGCAACCAGGAGUCACCUCGACUUCUUUAAAAAACACCGGGCAGCCAGGAUAGAUCACUAUGUCAUUGAGGUCAACAAGCUCAUUAUCAGACUGGAAAAGUUGACAUCGUUUGACAGGACCAACUCAGAUGCCGCCAAAAUCAGAGCCAUUGAGAAGUCAGUGGUGUCGUGGGUCAAUGACUCGGAUGUCCCGUUCUGUCCCGACUGUGGAAACAAGUUUAACAUCCGAAACAGGCGCCACCACUGUCGUCUCUGUGGGUCCAUCAUGUGCAGGAAGUGCAUGGAAUUUGUCCCCUUACCUCUGGCUCAAAAGCUCAUCAGUGUGACACGAGAGGCCCUGUGCGUACCUGGAAGCCCCGUUCAGUCCCAGUCUCCCCCAUCAGGAGGUGGCGGGAGUGGGAUGGGCUCCAGGAGAGGCAGCAUCAGCAGCCUGAGCAGCGUUACCUCCAUGUUGGAGGAAAAGGACGACGAGAAGAUUCGCUGCUGUCACCACUGCAUGGACACACUUCUGAAAAGACAGCAGAAGCUGGAAGAGAAGGACCACGUGCCGGAUAUAGUGAAACUUUAUGAGAGGCUGAGGAUGUGCAUGGAGAAGGUGGAUGAAAGGGCUCCAGAAUACAUCAGAAUGGCUGAGUCUCUUAACGCCGGAGAAACCACAUACAAUCUUGACACUGCUGGUGGACUGAGACUGGAAGUACAGAAAUACUACGAACUUAUCGACGCCCUGAGCAAGAAGAUUUUAACACUAGGAGCAAAAGAUGAUCCACCACCGCGUACGAAGGCCCUCCAGCUGCAGAAGAUGAUCCGCUACACGGCUACACUAUUUGUCCAGGAGAAGCUGUUAGGUCUCAUGUCUUUACCCACUAAGGAGAAAUAUGAAGAGCUGAAAGAAAAAAGGAAACAGGAACAAGAGAAGAGACUCCAACAAGAGAGACUGGUGGCCCAAGAGGCCCUGAAGAAGAGGCAGGAGUCUGAGAAAAACCGUCCACCUCCCAGCACUAACGGAGAGCUGUCGCAGGCCCCUAGAGCUCCACGCAUGACCAAAGCUGGUGGCUGGCUGCCUUCUGCAGACUCUGCCAAUGCACGCAGUGAGCUCGAGGACCCACUGCUGCAGCAGAUUGAGAACAUACAGUCAUUUCUUCGCCAGGCACGGGAGGCCCAGAGGAUGGAUGAGGUAGCCAUGUUGGAAGAGAACCUGCGUCAGCUGCAGGAUGAAUACGACCAGCAGCAGACCAGCCUGGCCAUCGUGCUCUCCCAGAAGCUCGCUGCAGAGGAGAGCUUGCAGCAGGGGGAAAUCGAUCGCCUAGAAGCCCGGGAAAGGGAGGAGAGGGAGCAUUGGGGCCCCGCUGUGGGGUCCACUUUGCCCUCCAUCUCCUGGGCGAGGUCUCUGGAUAUCACUCCAGCAGGGGGCUACGAAGAAGAGGAAGACACUGAUGCAGAGGAGCUGACUCCUAAAGCUGAGAGGAGUCCAUCCUCUGUAAGAGCAUUCCCUGCUCUCACAAGCCAGGAGGAGUCACCUCCCAGGCUGAGGAGCUUAGGUGGGCAUGUAACCCCCCCUGGCGGUGAAGGACAGAAUAGCAGCUCCCUUAACCCUUUUGAUGAGGAGGGCUCUACUCCCAUUGAGGAGGAUCCAUCCAACCCCUUCUUUGAGGACAUCAAGAAGGAACACAAAGAGGUAACCAACGGGAAGAAAGAAUACAACCCAUUCGAGGAAGAGGAAGAGGAAGAGGUCGGGGAGGACAAACAGGCUGAGGCCGCACCUGGCAACCCCUUUGAAGAGGAGGACAACACUGACGCAGGUAACCCUUUCCUGGAGGCCUCUGGGAGUUCUCCAGGAGUCUCGACCAAUCCCUUUGAAGGGGAAGAUGAUGACGAGGUUUUGCCCGAUGUGGACAUGAUAGAGGAGGAACUGCUGCUGCAGCAGAUUGACAACAUUAGGGCCUACAUUUUUGACGCCAAGCUCAGCGGCCGUCUCGACGAGGUGGAGCUCCUGUCAGAGAACCUCAGAGAGCUACAGCACACCCUACAGGAGCAGAAGAAAAAGAAGCACUGACACCUUUCUCUCAACCCUCCCGCCUUGAUUACCUGCUACUUACCAAGUCCUGCAAGGUUAGCUCACUUUACAUGACUAAUGAGCCCACUGAUUUUAGUUUGGGUGAGGUCUGCAGCACCACAGAAUGAUUAGGUUAAUCCCAAUAUUGAGUUCAGUAGUCAGGAGUGACACCCUUAAUUUCCAAACAUCUUUCUUAACCACUUAUCCUGUACAGGGUCGCAAAGGGCUGGAGCCUCUCCCAGCAUGCACAGUUUUUAAGCACUGCAAAAAAAAUCAGUGCAAACAUGAACAAUGGAAGACAGAAGGAUGCCACUUAAAAGAUUUUUUAAUAAAACAGUCAGAUGGUUGUUUGAGAUGAGUGUGGCUUUGGUCUUGUGGAAGUCAGGAUGUGUGAUUUGGCUCUCUGGCAGAAGCUAUGAACAAAGUCAAAAUAUAAACAUGGCUAAGGUUGAACAAAUGUGAGCCAUGAAGCAGUUUAUGUAUGUUUUAAAAUAUAUGGUUGAAUAAUUCAUUGUUUCAAGGGGCUUUUUUCCCACCAAAAUAAGUUUAAAAGAGUACUACACCAACUUACCAUAGCACUCCUAUAACAGUUUUUUUUAUAAAGGAUAAAAAUCCUUGCAUCAGGACCAGAAAUACUGUAUAUUUUUAUUUCAUGCAUUCUUCUUCCUUUUCAAAGCAUGGUCAAAACCUGGCGCCUACAUCACCCACAAUGCAAUCUGAUGGCAGAGAUUUGGGUAUGUUAUGUUAGUAGCAGCCACUAGCCACAAGCGGGCUACAGGGGUCUGGUAAGCUCACUUCUUUGUUCUCCACACACACCCAGAAUAUUUUUCAUUUUCAAAAUUGUAGUCUUCAGCGCCUGUUGGUGUUGACUCAAGUGACGUCACAGGAGGAUUCUCUGGAGCCACAAAAGGCUUCAUGCAACAGUACUCCCCAAGACCUGUAAACGGUAAUGUGUAAAAUUGGUGGAGUUCCUAUUUAAUUCCAUCGCUAUUAGAGGCAUCUUGUUGUACAGCUUUGGUUUAUUUGUGGUGAAUUAAAAUUCUUGCUGCUCAUCACUGAACUGAAUUCCAAAGAACCAGACCAUGCAUUACUGUUCCAACUGGGCCAUUAACAAUACUCAGACAAAAUAACCAUCUGAUAGUUUAGUGGCAAACAGCCUAGUGCUUGAAGGAAACUGAUCAUUAAAUUAAUUAUAUAUUAAAACUCAAUCACAGGCUUAAAUUACAAAUUCAGUCACACGACUUGCACCACUUGUAGUUGCGGUCCCUGACCACUUUGUGUCAUAGAUUUAUGAUGGAGAUGAAAGGCACAUCACACAGAACCAAGCUAUUCUUGUUGCUCCUGUUAUAUAACUGUAGCUCAUGCAGACUAUGAUGACAUUAUCACGAGGAAACACUUUUAAUCUUUAACCGUGCUGUUAAUAACCACAAGUACAUCUGCAAUCAAAGCGUUUGCUCUGACAGCAGCUUAUUUCUGUUUCAGUGAAAGUUGCCUUUUUUUUGUACAACUGAAUUCAAAUGAACAUGUAAACCUGUCCCCUGUUAAGUGACAUUUUCUCUAUCUGUUUACAUGGUUUGGAUGCUCAAAUCAAUUCAGUUCACUAAUCAAUGUUUUGUGCAUCUUGUCUAUGUGAUGUUGGCCUUGGCAUGGUUGCAUUUUAGACCUUUCUUAUUUUUUUUUUUUUAAAGCAUCUUAAAUGCCACAGUGAGCCAAGUGGACAAAACGUUUUCCACGUCAUACUGUGCGACCCCCUAAAGGUUGUGAUCUUAUUUACAGUGGCACUACUGAUCCAACUGAGCACUUGGGUUGCAUGAUUCACGUGUCUGUGUUUCUUUGAAAUGCUGUUUGAUGCUGGUCUUUAUGUGAAACUAGUGGCCAAGCUUGUCUUCCGGCUUUCGUGUUUUAUACAUUUGGACAUAUUGAUAAAACACAUUGCUACUGUUCCAUGCUGUCAGACAAGAUCUCUAUGUAAAGCAUGUUAUCUGUUCAGUUGUUUCAAGAAGUGCAUUCCAAGUCCAUCCACGC